UGAAAUAAUUUUUAAAAAUCAUGCAGUAGUAAUCACGUUUCGAUGUAGUUUGUGUUAAAUUUGUUUUAAUGUUACAAUAAUGGAGUCUUAAGCAUAAUAAUAAUAUAUAGUUAGUUUUAUUAUAUUGUGAAAUACAAAAUCAAAAUGUCCAUGAAGUACAAUUUGUUAAAUACUAAAUUACGGAAGCGAUUGUCUCAGCUGGAUCAAUGUCAUGAUCCGGAUCAGAAAUUUAAACUGCUUAAAAGAUAUUUGUCUCACUUUGUCAAAUUAACUCAAUAUGGGCGUCACUUUGAAGAAUCCUUCGUCAAUCAUUUGCAAAUGAUAGUUACCCACCUCAAUGAUCGUCGUCGACAACCAGUGGAUGCGCAAGUGCUCGGGACGAUCAUGAAAACGUUGUGCGUAAUUUGUUACAUAACUGAUGUUCCAUAUCAGAUAGUGAUAAAAGCAUUGCAGGGUUUGCUCGAGAUAUUUGAGCGAAUUUCUAGCAAGGAGACGCUAAAUGUUCUACGGUAUUGUGAGAAUCAUUUUAAAAAGAUGGUGUUCUAUCUCCAAAAAUUCAAACAUUUUAAAAUUCAACAGCAGUUGCUUGAAUUAAUACACAUGAGUUCGCUGGCCAUCGUUGAAGCUUCUGAACGAGAAAACUACAUUAAGCAAUUUGCCAAAUUAUUUGGGAAUUUUUUGGAUAAAUUGCUCUCUUGGAAGUCAUCUCGUGUGACUGAGAAAUGUCGACAGUUGCUUUUGGAGUCGCAAGGACAAGAUUCGGAUAUGUUCUCUCUUUCGGUAGAAGAUUGCAAAACUGAUGCUUAUCGACUAGUUAAGCCAAAUAAUACGACUACUUUAUGGCUUGAUUUCAACGCAGAACCGGCUACUAUCAGUUUUGCUGCAGUGGUUUCUAUUAUUUAUAAUAAUAAUAAAAAACUUGAAAUGGCCAUUAAUUUGGAGUUGAUGCAGGACAAAGUUAGUCAAAUAGAACUGGUUGAAGGGCCGAACAACUCUGCUUUAUUAAUGAUAAAAUACGAGAACAUUUGUUUGGAUCCUGGAGUGAUCAGUAUCAGUGAACAAGGAACUUUGUCAUUCACUCUUACAUCGGGAUUCGAUCGAACUCGUCUAUUGGAAAAAAUUUUACCUCAUGUUCAAAUGAAUUAUUACACAGCAGUACCGAAAGAUCAACAUUCCGUAUCAACUAAUAUAGAUAUUAUAUUUGAUAUUUCAAAACUUGAGUCAAUUGCAUCUGAAACAAUUACUGUUCAGAAUCUAGAUCAUUCUCAAAGAUUGCGAGAUAAUCGAGAUGCUAUUGAACAGCAUCAGAACAUUCGUUGCGAAUUGUUGAAUGAUACAAGCAAAGAUGAUAGCAAUAAAGAAAAUGAGGCACCUAAUGUGACAUCAGAUUUGCGGGUUUCAGUGCAGGAUGUUCAGCGUUUGAGAGUUUUCGAAAAUUUGAGAGAAGGCUGUCGAAAACAACAGUCGAGACAAAGAUCAACCGAGCAAAGUAUUACAAAGCCGGAACUCGAUGAUUUGUCGCUUCAGCGGUCAGCUAAGCGACGCAAACUAUUUGAAGAGCGCGUCGAAGAAAAUGAUUUGGAUGUAAGUAAAGAUUCCCAAAUUCAACGCGCAGUGUAUGUAGAAGGCAAAUUAGUAAACACUGUCAAACCUAUGAAAUCACGAGAAAAAAGGACGAAUGUUGAGAGACACAAUUUAAAUUGUCCCAAAGAACGUGAUGUUAUCAAUGAAUCAUCCACGACGGAUUUCAUGUCAUCGGAAGAAUUCGAACAUUCUAUGAAAGCUUAUAUAAAUAACAACGGGAUUUUUGGGAUCACUCAACAGAAAAUUCUGAACAAAAAACUUGAAAAGAAUAUUCGCAAGAUCAAUCAAAUGGUAGAUCGUUCAGCAAAACGAUUUUUCAAACGUGAAGCAAAUCUCGAAAAUCCGUAUGAUUUCAACGAACCAAGUGAUAAAAAACGCACGCGUAAAAUUAAUAGGUCAAAAUCGAAAGGAUCAAAACGUAAAUCAGAGGAAAGUGAUGAAGAGUAUUUACCUAACAAAAUUGCAAAAAACACCACUAAUGCCUUGAUCCGUAGGAACAAAUCAAGGGCGAAACUGGCAGUAGAAACUGGUCCAAAUACUUCUAACAUUAUUGAGGAACAAAAGACAGAAAAGAAACCAUCUCGUGUUUCACUUCCGCGCACGAAAAAACCCUCUAUACUAGUUGACAUGAUACUCGAUACGGAGAAUAAGAAAUGGUCAGCUAAUCAAGACAUACUGCCUGUGAAAAACAAAUUUCUCGACACAAUGAAAUUGAAUACAUUUGAAGAUUUAAACAUUUCAUCGAUUGAACCAUCAACAACUCAUCAGCAAAGGAAACCCGUUACCAAAGGUUCGCUUGUCAAGUCUAAGCCUGCUGUCAAUGACACUGACGACAGGAGGACUCUGCAAACAUAUAAAGAUACUAAACAUGCUCAACUGCCUGGUAAAGCAAAUCGUGAAUCAUCUGAAAUAAAUGCUAGUAUACUAAUGCGACGAGAUUAUCAAAAAUCUCAGAAAACAAAUAUUUUGCGAGAGACUGCUGCUAGAUUGAUACAGCAUGAAAAGGAUAAAGCACAAUUACGCAAAAGGUCCUCAUCUCAGUCGGAAAACAGUAUACGACCCAACAUCACCAUGGACAAUUUGACGAGUCUACCAUGUCAUUCGAAAGCACAGAAUGAAAAGACAUCACCAUUCACGUUAACGGAGGCAAGAGUUGAAGCUCAUUGCUCGAAUAAAAACAAAACGCCGAUUUUACACUCAACGAAUGUGAAUCCUAGAUCAAGCUCAUCUGUAUUCGAAAAUUUAAAUGAUGGUGCCAAAUAUGAUUUAAAAUAUGCAAAUAACAACUAUUUGCUGAAUAAGUUCAUCGUUAGCAGUCAGAACACACAAAACCUGAAAAGAGCAGAUUCUAUUGUUAGUGAAGAUAUUAGAGUUGGCAACAAUUUUACCGAUCCUCCUUCAAUGGGAGAUCUAAGUGAAGUAGAAGUUGUGCCUAAUCAUAAUGAUUCUAUCUUGAAGGAGAAUAAUAACAUCGAACAAGAAGUCCAAUUCUAUUCGAAAACGACUCCAGAAAAUUCAAAGAAACGUGUUUCUUUUGAUACUGAGAAAGUCACUAAAACAAGAGCAGAGGCUGAAUCAGCUAAACAACCCGAAACUCAGGCUAAUAGUACAAAGAUGACACAUUGUUCGGCCAUCCAGACGAUCAUGAUUGAACAUUUCACGACUAAAAUUCAUCAGGAAUUGAAUCCGGCGUUGGUUCAAAUGGAAAACAAAAUGCAAAGGCUAGAUCUAAUGAACAAAGCUUUUGAACGACUUUCUACAAACUUUCAUGGUAACGAAAUACUCAACAAAUGUAAAGAAAUAUUGCACCUCGAAACACGACUGGACAAAAUAUUGGAUGAUGUUGUGCAAUUAUGUGGAGAUUCUGUUGAAAGGAGUAAUCAAGCUGUUAAAUUGGUUAGAAAGUUGGUUUUGUAUGACGAGGCAAAACGUGAGAAAUACAAAGAACAACUGCAGAGUGGUCGUCAAGAAAUGCCAAUUAUUGUUGAUGAAUGCAUUAAAAGCGUUUGGAAUGAGCAAGUCCUUGCUAGGAUAGGUCAGUUGGAACAAUUGAUUACAAAAAUGCUGAUGUGAAAGUGGAUCGUUCUUAUUUAUCAUUAUAUAUACAAUACUCAUGGGACUGAACUCAAUUAUUGUUAAAUAUUAAGAUAAUUGUAGAGAAUUCAUAUCAUGUUGAAUAAUUGUAAAAUUUAUCUACCAGCAUACCACAAUGGUAAUGGAUUAUGUUAUACAUA